GGCUCGUCUAAGUGGCCUCCGUAGUGCUUCCGAGGACCCCAGGACGGUUCAAGAGAGGCCCACGAUGGCCGCAAGAGAGCUUGUACCCAUUCGGGCUCGAGAACCGCGCCAGUGGCCCCCGCGGGGGCUAGCUAGUCCAUGGCGGGCCUGGAGACUGGCCUCUUACUCGAUGACGGCACUGCGACGGGUGGUUCCUGCCAGGCCCGCCCAGCCUUCAGUGCGCGUCUCGCGAUUAGCGUCUUCUUCUUGGGCGCCCUGAGUCUCAACCAGUGCGGGCGGCGUCCAGUGCCAUCAACGCCACGGACUUCGCGGACUGGCCCGACGACUCGACUCCAUCACGGCAGCCCCAGCGACGGAGCGACGGAUGUGAAUGAGAGCGAUCAGCAGGUUCAGGCGGUGGCGCGGAUCACCGAAGUACCCCGCACGGAGAACCGGGAGAGCGUCACGAUCUUGCCUCAGACCCGCUUGACGGCCGCGGCAGCUGGCGUCGCCGCACUGCCCUCCCAUGCGGACGUCAACGUCUCUAACGCCUCCACGCGUGCGACGCUCCUUUCGACGAGGCAGCCGAUGGCCCUGAGUUUGCUGAGCUUGCCUCACUGGUACAUCUUUUCGAGGAGGUUCUGGGGUUGCGGCGCCCGCUGGAUCGGAGUCACACUGGUGGCGUUCUGUGGCGGCCCCCUGGUAAUUCCUCUGUUUUUUUGUGGCUUGGCACUCGUCGGUUUCACUUCCCGCGGCGUGAUGCAUGGCUCUUGUGCCGCCUGCUGUCAGGCCCAGGCGGGUACUGUAGCAGCAGGGUCAUGCUUUGCAUGUGCCCAGUCUGUGGCGGCGAGAGGUAUGAUAGCUUCAUGCAGUCCACCAGUGUUGCUUUCGACAGCGACUGUUAGUGCCAUGGUUGCUCUAGUCGUCAUGUAUUUCUCUCACUGCCAAUACUUUCCAGAUGUCUGUUGCUCUGCUGAUUGGUAGAGACGAGCUCUCUUCCUCCUUUCUGUCCUUUUACUCCUCGGUCUUCUUGUGCUUCACAUUCGCAAAUCACAGUUCAUAUUCGGCUUCUGGCGGAAGUGGGGCACGCAGCUAUGGUCUCCUGUGGUUUCCCGACGAUGGAUCGGCUGGUAAGACAAGAGUGAGGGAG